AUGACUGGGCGCUCAACGCCACGAUCGAAGGAGACAUGCAACGGAGCAUGGACCUCCUCGCCGCCGGGUGCGCCAUCUUCGGUAGCCAUGCACCAACCAUCGUCCAACACUGACUACAUCAUUCCUUGCAUCGGUGUCAACAGCACUCAACUUAAAACCGUCAAGGUAAGAUGUGGUUUGGUAGCCCCACCUGAUGGACAAAUACUGUUGGGGUUGGGGUUAAGGGUUAGGGUUUAGGAUUAGGGGUUAUAUUAAGGGGCUAGGGUUAGGGGUUAGCGCAACGAUUUCGCAACCAUUAACAGUAAAACCACGCACUCCCAAUAGCUUGGUUUUUGCAAACAACUACUUGACCUCGUCGCCUGUGCGUUCCCCGGCUCCACCUGUAAAAGCCCCUAUUACCAUCGGUCCCGUAUUAGAGGUGACUGAGGUUUCUUCACUUCAGGUGGGGCCACCGAAUCACAUCCGACCACCAUCGACAGCAUUAAUUACGUAGGAGCACAUGUAGUAGCCCUACUCCGAGCUCCCGUCGCAAUGCCGGGCCUCUCGCGAUUGUCUGCACGUGCGCACCAGGGCUGCCUGGCGUUCGCCCAAUCGGCUUCCCAACUGGCCAAUCAGAUUCAAGGCCUAGUCAGACGUGCCGUGGCUUAAAACGCUUUUGACGCAUUCCCCGACUGAUACUUGGCAGGCUGUUCUCCCGGCGCCGAAGGCUGCCAACUCCUUCCAAUCCUUUCUCUAGUUGUCCUGUGCAGAAUAUACAACCUGCCAAUAGGAGUCCACCUUCUCUUUCCAUUUGGAACGGGGCCUGAAGGUCGUGAUAGGCAGGGUCUCACUCACGGCGGUUGCUCGCCGACCGGGGUGACAAAAACGACGUCACAAGGACACUGAGGAACUCUCUGAAGCGGCAAUAUCAACCCGGAGAUCUGGAAAGACUUUGCACAGGACAGACCGGCGUGGUGAAAAGCAGUGUAGACUGGCGCAACAAACUACGAAACAAACCGAUCACUGCCGCCAAAGCCAUGGGAGAAGAUCGCAAGUCUCAGGCGCUCCUGACCCGUAGCAUCGUCACUCAACCCCAUUCAGUGUGCCUACGCUGUCAACGAACAUUCCACGCGCAGAUCGGCCCCGUCGGUCAUCCUCGAGCCCAACCGCAACUACCGCCCCUGCUCCAACCUUCACGUCGACCACGACUGCAUCCAAGUACGUCUUCGGGGUGUCCGCCCUCGAAUUUCUCAGCCAUCCGGUUGACUCCAACGGCAUCCAUCCUCUCUCAUCGAUGGUUGCGGCCAUAUGGGAUUUUCCACCUCCCUCUUCCUAACGUCCGCUGAAGCGCUUUCUGGGCAUGGUGAAUUUCUAUCAGCAGUUCCGUCCAAAAUGUGCCAACAGCAUCCUGCCGUUUACGAGCCUCCUCUCGGGUCCCAAACGUUCGUUCAGACUAUCCGCAGACGCACUCGCAGCUUUUGACGAGGUGAAGGCUGCCCUGGCCGACGCCACCCUCCUGACGCAUUUUUCUCCCAAUGUUCCCAUCUCUCUCAUGGUCGACGCCUCCAAUGUUUCAGUCGGCGCGAUUUCCCAGCAGCACCUUGCAGGCCACACUCAACCCUUAGCUUUCUUCUCCAGGAAGUUGCCAGCUGAUGAGACGUGGUACAGCACAUUUGGAAGAGAACUCCUUGCUGCCUUCCUCGCCGUGAAACACUUCCGGCGCUCCCUUGAGGUUAAGGACUUUACCGUCUUCCGAAUCUCAAGCCCCUUCCUUCGCUUUCAAAUCCUCCUCUGA